AUGGGAAAAAGUAAGGCCAAAACUGGAGGACCUACUACUGGCAAUGCGGCGAAAGUGAAGAAACAGGUAAGUUAAAUUUAUGCUUUAAAUUCUUGGUCUAGGGUAAGACGCGAAGAUCUUUCAAGAAAGGCGAAAAUGGAAAAUUCAGAAGGUUUCACAAAAACAAGAAGAAUAAAGAUCAGGAGCUAAAACAUAAGGAACCGGAGACAAAGCAAAAGAAGGUGUUUGUACCAAAGAAGGUAAUGGAGAUUAAUCCGGAUGAUGUUGAAGAUCUUAUGGACGCCUUAUUGGAAAAUGAAGAGUUCAGAACAGGGUCUGUUGAAGAUGUGGAAAUCGUAGAUGAUGCGCAAGGAGAAAGCGAAAGUAAGGAUGAGGAGGAAGACGGAGAGGAUGAUGUUGAAAUGGAAGUUGAAGUAUGUCUUAAAUAGCGAUAACCUUUGAUUUUUGAUUUUUUCAGCAAGAAGAGAAGAAGCCCUCAAGUUUAAAAUUGUCGGGCGUUGAGAGAAUGGCGCAAUGGAUAAAGGAUUCAGAAGAAGUACGUUAUAAUGUUAAAAGACGAUUUGCCAGAAUUUGAAUCGGCGGUGGCGGUAGGAUCUUACUAUGCAUUUUUUGAGUUAAAUAGUACUAUGGUCCAUCUUGAGCCAAUAUGUAAAAUAUUUUUGAAAAAUAUGUCAUGAUGAUGGAUAACAAAUUUAUUGACUCGACGGAAACGGUUUACAACGUCCAUGGAUUUGCAAUUGGGACGCUGGAACCUUCUGGAAAUAUGUUUUAGGCGAUGCACGAUGCUCGUCAUUUUCCUGGUUGGCACGAUUUGGCCAAGAGUACUGUAACAUGGCGAUUCAGGAACUGUGCACAUUAAGAAUUACAAAAACUUGUCGUUUCUUCCCGAUUUCAUCAAGCUUUAUUUCAUAUUCGGAAACAGCAUUGAAGUUUGCAUAGGCAGGGCUAGCACACACUGUACUAUGGCGUCGUCUUUCCCAUGAAAUUUGCAUAUGUUUGCGUAGCAUCUCUGCUCUGAGUAUAACAUUACGGCCACUUGGACUUAAGAAAAGCGAAAAAGGUGUUAUACCGUUAGUGAUAUUAUGUAUAAGUGAUAUCAAACCACAUUGUGUGAGCUAGUUGCGGUUCACGGUUACUGUAACAUCGGUUUUUAUGUUUUUCGGAAAUUUGGAAAAAAUCCAUUUUCCGAAGGACUACCGCAUUUGAUGGAAUAUAUUUUAGAAAUUGUGUACUGGGGUCUUAAAAGAUCUUAUGCAAGUUUCAUCAAAAAGAAGGCACCAUAACACAGUGUAUGGUACUAUCUGAUGCAAAAUUUAAUGCUGAUUCUGAAAAUAUGAAAGGAAGUUCCAUGAAAUCGGGGGGAAAAUGACGAUUUUUUGUAAUUUACAUAGUCCUUGAACCACGAUGUUACAGUAAUCCUGACCAAACGGUGCCAAUAAGGGAAAUGAUAUCCAAAGCGUAUUUCCAGGGAGUAUUAUUUUUACUCAGAAAUGGUAUAGUAAAAUUCUACCGCACACUACUGUUGCCGGCUGAUUCAACUUCUUGCGAAGUCCCUUUUAAAUGCACUGUUUUUUCAGAGAUUAGAUAUGGAUAACUGGGGAGAAUUGAACGUGUCCGAAGCUAUUCUUUGUGCUUUAGAGAGUGAAGGGUAUGUCGCUAUUUCGCGUCCUUUUACUGUUUAAGGCUUACAAAUCCGACGGAGAUACAAAAGAACGUGGUUCCCCUGGCCAGUGAUGGCUUUGAUAUAUUUGGAGCGGCCGAAACAGGAAGUGGAAAGACAUUGGCGUUCUUGAUACCGGUUCUCGAGAACCUCUUGAAACAUCAAGAAGAACACGGCACUGUAGAUUUCAAAGAGAAGAAAUUAUCAGCGCUUUGUAUGGCUCCAACCAGAGAAUUGGUGAUGCAGAUCAACAAAGAAUUUAAGAAGUUCUCAAAGUUCACCAACUUCCGAACAGCCGCCAUUAUUGGAGGAAUGAGUGAAGAACGGCAGAAACGGUUGCUCGAUCGAAAACCUGAUAUCAUCAUAGCUACCCCAGGACGAUUCUGGUCAUGGGUAUGUUGAUUUCUAAAUUAUACUUUAAUUUUUAGGUUUCCAAACAUCCAUAUGCUGGAGAUUUCACGAGCCUUAAGAAUGUUGUGAUCGAUGAGAUUGACAGGAUGCUGGAGAAGGGGCAUUUUAGGGAAAUGAAUGAAAUCAUCGAAAAGAUUCAUGAGUAAGUGUUGUUACAUUGGAAUUUCUAAGGCAUUUAUUGUACUAUUUUGUUUAUGCUUAUACGUGGCUUUAUAUUUAUGCCAGGAUCGUUUUCCAUUUAGGCAGAAGACGAGUAGGCUUCAGACACUAGUGUUUUCUGCCACAUUAACCUUCUUGAUGCUCCCUGACGUCGAAAAAGCUCAACAAACAAGGGAAUCCAAAUUAAGGGAGAUUGCCAAAACAAGCAAAAUGAGGAAGAAUUACAAAGUAAUAGACCUGACUAAUGAGUUCGCCACCCCAACCACGCUCAAAGAACGGAGAAUCUGCUGUCAGAGUCUCUUGGAGAAGGACAGUCGAUUAUAUUACUUGUUACUGACAUACAGAGCCCGAACUUUAAUUUUUACCAACAGUAUUGAUGCUUCGCAAAGGAUAUAUUCCAUAUUACUCAAACUGAAAAUAUCUCCAACACCCUUGCUUCUGCAUGCCAAGAUGCAGGAACGGAAAAGAUUGAAGAAUUUGGAUAGAUUUGCCUGUAAGUGACCCUUAAUUUGGCUGGUAUUGUUGGUUUUCAGCUACCCCAAGCUCCGUGUUGAUAGCUACAGACGUGGCUGCCAGAGGUUUGGACAUCAAGAAUAUCGAGAAUGUCAUCCAUUAUCAGAUCCCUAGAACAGCCGAAGAUUAUAUUCAUAGAUCGGGAAGGACUGCCAGAGCUCUCAAGAAUGGGAUGUCUAUUCUUUUGUUGGAUCCACAAGAUGUGCAGAGAUACAAAAAGAUCUGCAAGAGUCUUCACAGGGAAAACGAACUUCAGAAUCUUGAAUUGGACAAUGUGAAAAGACUAGAUGCUAUCAAGAAUCGAUGUUAUUUAGCGUCUGAGAUCGAGAAAUUGGAGUAUCAAUUGAGAAAAGUAAGCUUUUCUUUGUUUUCACUUGUUUUGUGGCACUUCUCAAUUCAAUUUGCUGACAUCAUCAUUUAGGUGUCUUCGGCAGUAAAUUGGAAGAAACGAAUGGCCAAAGAAGCGGAUCUCGAGCUCAGCGACGAAGGGCAAGUCUAUUCGUUAUUCGCUUUAAUUACUCUUUGGUGUUGCAUAAAUUUUGAGAGGAACGAAUAUUUAAAAGCCCAAUUAAUCAUGGAAAUCUGUUUCAGAGAAGAGGACACAGAGAGCGAUGAAGCUAAUAAACGUCGUCUGAAGAAAUCGGCAGAGAAAGCCCUCAAAUCCGCGUUGACUCAGCCUCUGCCCAAGAGCUCCCUAGUGUAAGGUGUCUUUUUCCAGAGUCAAAUAUUGUUUUUGUUGAUGCCUAAUAGAGAUGGAUCAAUGUUUCCAUUUCUGUUGUUGUUUCCGUUGUCUGUUAAAUAAAUUAAUAUACCGAAUGCAUGCUUGACAACAUCAUGGGAACCCCGCUCCUCUUGGCCCCAUCCCGUGUAUCCACCCACCAGUGCCUCAUCAAGGGACAAAACCCUGGCCAGAAAAAGGUCGAAAGAAUUGCUAAUUUUGGAGAAGAAUAGCCCCGGGUUUGAAGGCCUCACAAAAAAGUGUAGAAAAUUAUGCGAAGAAAGUAAAGGAAACGUCUUCACCGCCGGAAAUCUGUUCCUUUCACAGUUAUUACGCGCUCCCCCCAAACUUUGUUUAGAUCCGAAGGACGGAAAAACGGUGAGAAGCUGGGGACGGCGGGAUGAUUAAAGAUUUCCCUUAAUCUGUCUGAGGAAACGCCAUCCCGGGUAAUUAUACAUAGCUUCUUUCCUAUUCAUCCUCCAGCAAACAUGAGGCCAAAGUUUACAAUCGGAUUUGUUUUAUAAGUCUUCUAAUGAACGUUACAUCCAAAACUGCUUCCUUCUACGCAAAAACUCUCUAUUUUCCUGAAAUAAAGUGCCCAUCUUAAUUACCGGGUUAUUCACAAGCAAAGGAAGUUGUCCAUUAACCCCUCAGGCAUGGUAAUCUGCAUAGGAAAAUUACGUCAGAGAAGGAAAAACGGGCAGAAACUCAAUUUACUUUACUUAUCGUGACUCUAUGUUGUACUCUUCCCGGAAUAACACUCCUAAAUAAUGCCGCGCUUUUCACGUUUUGAACCGGCUUGAAUAAACUGCGGCAUGAAAGCAGUCACUGGCUGGCCAGGUAAACAAGGUCCGCCCUCCAGUUUCGAAAAUUAUCUUCUCCCAACUCUGACAUCUCGUUGUAAACACUCCCCUUCCCUCUUUUUUACAUCUGUAACAUGUACUUCUUUUUCUUAGUCUUUAUAUAGUCCAUCAAUGUCUAUGAACGGCAUAAUGGGCAUUCCGUUUUAUCUCACUUUAAUUCUGAAACGAUUUUCGGGACGCUUUCUUCCUGAAAAGUUGCAAAUUCGAACUCGUGAUUUCAGCUAAAUUGGUCCCACCCAAUUAUGGGUAAUCACCAGGCCCAUCCCCAGGGCCAGAUGCAUGUAAUCCGAGAAACGACCGAUGACCGUCGUCGCGGAUUCAUUAACAGGAGAAGACAAAAGUUGGAAGAGCUCAAGUGUCGGCGCCAAUCCAUGCCCUCGACCCAAGUCCAACUCGAACCGGCAAGUCUUUGGAUGGGGCGGCUACUUGUUUAACGAUGAAAUAAGCGGGUUUAUCCUCCUUUUCGGGUCAAACAUUAAUCAGAAGUGGGAUGAGAAAUAAAAAUGAGAUUGGAAAUCAGAGAACGUUACCAAGAAUUUGAUGUUUGUUAGGAAGGAAUUGGAGGUGUAAUUGGGACUUGGACUCUUCCCACGCCCAAAUUAGGCUGGAAGUCGCUUCAGUUUAGGUUCAUUCGUCUCAAACUGAACUCGUUUCAGAACCCUCGCCACGAUAAUUUUCAUUCCUUCUGCUUCGGCGAGGACGCCCAGACCCCGCGGAUUCAGAUUAACGGCCAGGAUAGUGUGGAAUCGGUGGAUCUCGAUAAUCAGCCAGGCCCCUCGACACCUCCAGAACGUCGUCAGUCGGACUUGUCGCCAACAGCCGACCUCUCCGCCUCUCAUACUUGUGUUUCCAUCGAUUCGGCAGAGGAAAUGAAUCAGAAUGCGCCCAAGAAACACCGAUUUAUCAGAAAUCCAAAAUCAGCGGCAACCAGGAGAAUGGAAUUCUUAUCUUUUAGUAACAAUUUUGCCGCACGAUCACUGGAUGAAGGAGCCCAUUUUGAGGCACAGAAAGUUGAAUUCGAAUUGGAUAUGAAACCCUUGAGUCAUCGUGCGCGAUCUUUGAGUCCCUUGAAGCAAAUGAGAACAUAUUCCAGCAGAAAGUUCCCAUCCGAUGAAAGUGUUUUAACUUCGGAAGUAAGUAAUACUAUGUACUGUGGUAGUUGCGAGAUACAUUUGAAUAUUUGGCUCUCUUCAGCACUGUGCAUUCAUCAAGAUUUCUUGGAAAAUGGCGAUGGAAAGGAUCCAGACGACGAAUCAGCCGUCCUUUGGAUUCCUUUGUAUGAAACGGAUCCUCGAAAAGAUGUCCAUGCUCAAAGAAGUGUUCAAGGUCUCUGAUAUUGAAAAUGCGGACAGACUUCCGCCAGAUCACACAUUCGCCAGACAUGUCGGACUGUUCCAGUCCAUCUUGGAUCUUGCUGUAUGAAAAAUUAUAGUCAAUAUCUUAUUACGUUAGUCAUGAAAAACUUCAAUUAAUUAUUCGCUAUUUUUCAGGUGAGAAAUGUCGAGCAAUUGGAAACGGAGAUUGCGCCACUCCUAUUCACGUAUGGCAAACGUCAUUACCAACAUAAUCUUGUAAGUUACACUUUGACAUUGCAAAAAAUGGGGUAAAACUUUAUGAAAGACCUUUAAGUAAAAUAAAUUGUAUUUUUAUGUAUGUAUAUAUUAGUAAUCUAAUUUUUUGUGCAAUUGAAAGGAAUGAAAGGCUAUAUUUUUUCAGCUUAAUGUGUUCAACGAGUCCACGGUUCGUUUAUUCUGUGGCCAGGUAGUGUGCACAAUGUUGGAUUUACUCUCAGAUCGUCUGACAACUGACAGUAUGGAGGCUUGGAUCGAGUUAAUGCGCUAUUUGGGGCGAGCAUUAUUCAAUGGAUUCGAAUAUGAGAGACUGGCCAAGACCAAAAAGUUUGCCAUAAACACAAAAGACCAUGCUUAUUUUAUUGCCUGAGGCAUUUUGAUGGCAACUUGCAAAGUCAAACUUAGUGAAUCGUCUGUUUACGUCCUUAUCAUCUCCUAAUGUCCUUUACAAACCGAAAAAAGCUCAAAAUGUUGAAAAAAGGGUGAUUUGCAUGUCUUCUUAUCAAUUUUUCACCGCAAUUUUUUAACAAAACUCACGUUCAGCUCGCAGAAUGUCCUCGAAAUCAACACCAAAAGCAAAGUAUUUACUAGAGAUAAGGGCGUCGGUGUCACAUAUAUGCCCACCAAGUCCACAUUUUCAGUUCUUACUUUGAAUAAAUAUACUAAAUAAACCGUUAUUCUGACUACAGUAACCCCAUUGUUUUAUGUAGUGUACGGUUAGUAAGUAGAUGGGUAUAUUUUGUUGAAUUGUUUCGUAAUCGGCCCUUUAGAUUCUCUCUUCUCAGCCUGGGUUGGCAACUGUAUAAAAAACGAAGGUAAGUCAAUAAAUUUAUGCGUCGUAUGAUGGGUCCUAAGUCAUUUGAAUAAGUCAAAAUCGUGGCUGUCUAUAAAACUUGAUUAUGAAACAAACUCGUAAAGCAAUCAAUCCAAUAUUCUUCCGCUUUCCAACGUUCUUAUUCAUGAAAUAAGUAUUAUAUGUUUUCUUUAAACCGACAAGAAAGGGAUGUCAAUGUGCUAACGUCGAUGAUUCAACGAAUGUCGAACUCAUCGUUCGAUCUUCGAACUGAAUCACCAUCCCUCGCAAUGAUUUCCUUUUACGUGACCGGAGGGGAUUUCGAAAAACGCACUCGAUAAAAUAACGCUUCCAAACAACGAUACCUUCGAUUCGAAAAAGUAUCAAUCAACUCAUUUUAUGUAGUAACCCCAAAAAGUUAAAUCGUUUCGUUGUAUUACUAAUGACUCAUCCCGGCUAUUCGAUAACCCGUCUUCUAAUCGGGAAUAAGGUCGGAUAUCGGGAUUUAUUGCGCUUCCCUCGGUACAUCUCACUCGGUUAUUGAGGAUUGGAAGGUGUUGACAGUUACUUAAAAAUUUUUGUUUGUUUUUUUCUCACUUUCGAUCAGUUUGCGACCAGUUUACGGUCUCACAAUCAAGUCGAGACGAUAGUCUGAUGUCUCUUUCUCUUCUGUCGUCCUUAGAAGCCACAUUUUGAUUCUUUUCAUCUCAUUCCCCGGUCCUUAAUCAUUCAAUAUUAUACGGCACCGAGGCUAUUCUCUCACUCAAUUAGCAACAAAAUUCAAGGGUUGUCGUUGGCUGUGUAAAUAUUUCUUUACCUGCGUGUCAUAUGUCUCUCUGGAAGACCCGACCCAACUCCAGAAGGCUCCUUCUCGCUUGUUUAAAGGGGCCUUUUAAUCGUUGAACUUUCGUCUUUCAACUUCCAGGCAGUUUAUCAGUUGAUUUUUCAUUGAAAUUCGAUCUGGAUUCAAACAGUUUGAUCAAAUUUCAUAGACAGCUUGUUCCCCAAUCGUAAUUGUUUGUCAUAAGUUUUCGCAGUAUGAGUAAUGAGUUUUAACAGCCUGUAAGCUGGUCUGGAACCUUUCGUAUUUUCAUUUUGUCAUUGUUCAAAACAUACAUUAAUGUAUUUAAAUGCUUAGAAGAUUUUAAUAACAUGGCUAUUUGUUAGUGCAUUUAUUGAGAAACCCUGAUUUCCAAACUUUUGGCUUUGAAUCCUUUCUUUUAUCAGUACUUAUCAGUUUCAUUCUUGCUCAAUUUGUCUAUAAUUUCCGUUGAAUUCUAACAUCUUCAUUUUUAGAUGGAGUCGGACACACAGCCUAUAGUGCAAGGGAAAACGGUGUGGUCUUCCAUUUACAUUGCUGCAGCGUUGAGCUUUGUGGGAGCAGUACAAUUUUCAUUAUAUUUUUCAGCAUUAUGGCCGUAUAUGAGGAUCGUAAGUUUAAAAUUUUAUAUUACUAAUAAAACGCUUUAGUAAACCUUAAUUAUUCUUUUUUUAAGCUAGACGCAGACAUAACGGAGACAUUCUACGGCUGGACCGUUUUUGUCUACAGUUUUGGUCAAGUCCUUUCGGCCCCCGGCUUUGGCUGGUGGAGUAAUAAGGUCAAAAUGGUCAGACCUCCUCUCUAUUGUGGCCUUUUCCUUAUGUUCUUUGGCAACUUCAUUUACAUUUUGAUGGAAAUCAUCUCCGGCGUUCCAAAAAGAUUUGUUUUAAUGUUAUGUCGAUUCAUAAUUGGGAUGGGAUCAGGUAAUUAGAUAUCCAAGUUGAACCGUUUCCUUAGGCAAUGUGGCAACUCUUCGGUCGUAUGCCUCUACUGCAAGUUCUCUGGAGGAUAGAUCCAAAGCAAUCGCAUAUGUAACUUGUGGCCAAGCCAUCGGCAUGACAAUGGGCCCGGCCUUUCAGUUUAUCUUCACCCAGCUGAAAUACCCUGGUCCAGCUCCUUUUGGAUUAAGCCUGAAUUUAUACACGACCCCCGCCUAUCUUGCUUGUUUGAUGAAUGUGUUAGGCGCCGUCGCAUUAUACCGGUACUUCGAAGAAGUAUAUGCAAUCGACCUCAUUGAUGAUGUAAGUGGUUGCCAAAUUAUCCUCGAAUCCUUGUCUAGAAAGUUUUUUUAACUAAUUAUAAUUGCAAUUGCAGGAUGAGGAAGACGACGAAAAGGAAGCCCCGCCAUCCAUCCCGAUGUAUGACAUCAUUGCUGUUCUAGUCUGUUAUGCUUCAAGAUUCACGGACAUGUUUGUCCGGACGAACCUCGAGACCUUAGGAUCACCUUAUUCAAUGAUGAUGUUCUCAUUAGACGAAGUCCACUCGGUCAGAUAUCUUUCUCUGGCCCAAGGCAUCGUCGGCGCUCUCACUUUUUCCACUUACAUUGCUUACAUUAACUUUGACAUGGAGAAAAUGUAAGCCAAGUUAACCCUAUUGUAAAAUAAUGCUUGGCAUCAAUGACGAUCUUGAUUCCAGAGUUCCCCUCCGUCCAAGUUGCCUGAUUGCCUUAGGCCUUAUGCUUAUUUUCCAUCUGAUCACAUAUCCUUGGUCAUUCCUCGGCAACUACGUCCUACCACUCAACGGUACAACCGGAUGUGACGCCUCAAGGUUCUCAUGGUGCGCGGAGUUGACCCAAGUGAAUGUCUACAUCUACUACGGGAGCUAUGUUCUCCUGAUCGGUACUGCUUUCCCCUUGCUCACAAUCACCUUGACCACGCUCUUCUCCAAAAUCCUCGGUCCUCGACGUCAAGGCACUCAACAAGGGCUCUUCCAAGCAGCCAGUGCUAUCGGCCGGAUGAUCGCGCCUGUCUCCGCAUCAGCUCUUUACACGGGUUACGGCCCUCGGGCGGUGUGGCAGAUGGAGAUAGCGGUAGUUGGAGUUGUUCUGGCAGCGUGGUUCCUCUUCUACAGAAAAAUGGUGGAGAUGAAAAUACCCCGACGGAUAGAAAACAAUUGUUUUGGGUAUGAAAACCCCCAGGCUAUAGAAGACGAGUCCACCCUCAACCAAGGAUAGUGUUUGAUCCAGCGAUUUCAGAGUGUCAACGAAACACAAGUCAUUAGAUGAACAUCUACAUCGACUUUUGGCCGUCUCUCUGAAACGAUUGACCAGCCCAAAAGCUCAAUUCAAAUCGAAACGGGUUCCUUUUAUAACUCCAUAUCAUGAUUAA